AUGCAGGCACAAGAUGGGACCUCGUCGGAACUUGCCGGCGAGGCCUUGGUCUUGAAUCUGGAGUCCCAGCCAAGUGACCUGAACGGAGAGCUUGAUCGGCUUCAUCAAGAUCCUCCUGAAAAGCGGGGUGGUUACACUUGCCUGGCAGUCUAUGGCCUGUCAGUUGUUCGCUUGGGGCCUUUGGAGCGGGUGCUGAAGGAGCUGCCGAACCUGCAGAAGAUAGUACUCCCAGACAGGAAUCCGGAUAAAGUCUUCCUGCAGUUCCUUAAAGAGGUAGUUACAGAACACCAGCUGGCUCAGAGCAUGAAGAUAGCCUUCAAAGAUGGCACAGAGGUGAGCAUCGGGUCUCUAUUCCGGCCCUAA